CGCUCCCUCCUCGGCACGGGGCGGCGAUCAGUGUGUGGGGCGCUGGCUAGUUGGCCCACGCCCGGCGACUCCGAACUCGUUUGAAAAUAACAGGCGAGCCAUGGACUAAGCGACCCGACGAAAACAAGACUUGCCUCGAGGAAAGUCAACGAAAUAUAUCGAUCGACACUAUUGACAUUUAAAAAAACAGAAUGGAAGGCCGAGAGUUAAGGCGAAGCUACACCGAAAUGGAGUUUCCUGUGAGACAUCGUCAGAGUCAACACGGGAAAAAUCCUGCUUCAAAGCGAAUUUCCAUCAACUCCAAACGGGCUCCAGCGAUAGAACUCUACAAACCUCCCAACCAAAGGAGCUCAGCUCAGUCCGGGAUUUCUUCUUCGACCAAACUGAACGUACACGCUAAAGAAUUCAGCCCAUUGCAAAGCUCAAAGAGUACUGGAACAGUGAACCAUUUAGAAGGAAAGCAUAAACACAUGUCGGUAGAAAAAGUUCAGUUUACGACUUCUCGCAACCAUAAGGGAUCGGAUCUACAUGAGAUGACAGCAAAAAAUUUACAAAAAUCAAAAAGCACUAGUAAUGCUCAUCAGGCCAUGGGAGCCAUCCCAGCGCAAGUUGAACUUUUUGAAGAUAAAAAUGAAAAGAUGCUGAUUAUGAAAGCUUUAGCAGAUUUUAAAACAAUAGGCUGUCUUGAACAAAUUGACACAUUACCAAAAAUGAUCAUUGGGAAAGCAUUGCGAGUAAGGUCACAUGCCCAAUCUUGGGCCUCGUUGUGCAUUUCUCUUAUAGAGCGAGAUCCUUCAGGUGCGUUUUUAGAAGGACUCUUAAACUGUUGCCGAUAUACCCUCCAGACCAAGUGUAUGGUUGAUUGUACACCACGGUAUCACGCUUUUAUGGCAUUUCUCAACGAACUGUAUUCACUGAUAAAACCUAAAGUGAUUAAUGAGAAGGAGGGUUUAUCCUUGGAAUCUCCAUCGCACAUUGUCCUUCAUAUGAUCGUCCAAGUAUGCCAGAACAUUCUUCAGCAGAAAAAGAUGCAAUCAGCUGAAAUCGAGUGUCUUUUUUUUACUGUGACGACCAUAGGACGAGAUCUUGAAAUGGAGGACUCCAAACUGCUAGAUGGACUGAUGAAUAGCGUGAGGGAUGCUUUCCUCAGUCAAAGUACGACCGAAUCCAUCCGUAAAACCUUGCUACAACUUAUUGAACUACGCGCUAGCAAAUGGAGCCUUCCUUUAGGAGCAUUUGUCUUCUAUUCAAACAAUUUAUCUUAGUUGUAAAUAUAUUUAUUUUUCAUCCAAUUGUCUAGUCAAAGGGUAACAAGUUAAUAUAUUUUCUAAGUUAAUAAAAAAAUUACCACUAUUA